CUUAAGUAAACUGAAAUGGUUGAAAUAUAAGUGUACCAAGCCACUUUUUUUGAAUGGUAACCCUUUCAAUCAUAUUACCGACAUUGAUGUUUUACAACGCUAUUUUCUAUGGUUUUAAGCUAUACAUCGUAUAUUUGACAACAGUCUGAUGUCUGAGGAGCAAUCGAAACAAUAUGAAAGCAUUAAUUUUUACAGAUCUGACUUAAAGCUUCCCCCUCAGGAGUUUGCCUGUAGGAUUCCAGAGUUUCUAUGUCAAUUAGCAAAGAUAUUGGGUUGCAAGCAGCCAAAUUUGGAGCAUUAUAUGUUGAAAACACAAUUAGACAAAGAUACUCAUAUUAAGUUUUAUGACUUUCGGGAACGAUUUAAGCAACAGCAACAGGACCCAGGUCAGCUGGAUGAAGAGGAGAAGAUGCUGCAGGAGCUGCGCUACAGGCUAUUUCUGCACUUUUACAGGCUGCUGACAAAGCUGCAACUUGAAGAAUCAGUUCAACAGCAAUAUCUAAUAUUGUUACAUGAGCUCUUCAAUGCGGAGAAGCCGAAGGAAAUGCAGCUGGAAGAAAUGCUCAGAUAUCGGGAAUCAUUCAUUGAUUGCUUAAUUGUUCUAACCAAAUAUAUAAUUCAUUUAAACAGCUUGAUUUUGGAUAAUGUAAUACAGAACAUAGUAAAAGUAGGAUUUGCCUGUGCGGAACAUACAUUGGCGACAUUUCGCUCGGUCCUGAGAGGUUUCCGAUGGGAACGUGACACUUACCAGAUAACCUUUGCUCAAAAAUCAGAAGAAGUUAAUCGAAUUAUAGAUAUGAAAACCGCGGAAGAACAGGACCUAGUUAGUGGAAAGUGCCAGGAAAAAUAUACUGCAAGCUGUGUUGAUCUUAUGCUUGAUGAAACCUAUAAAAAUGAAUCACCGACAAAUUCAUCUUUAAAAGAGCCAUGGGAAGAAAUUUUAGAAGGGUUUUUGAAGAAAACUCUUAAUAUGGAAUCCCCUGAAGGUACUAUAAAACAUAGUUCAUCAUCAACUAUUACCAAAAUGGAAACAAGUGAAUCAUUAGAAAUGUAUAUGCCCAAACGAGAGCUACCUGCGGAAACUUCUAAUUUGCAUAUUCCGAGAGUUAGUCUAAUGCCAAUAUCCAAUUUGGGAGAAGCUGUUAAUAUCGAUGUUACUAAAGAUAAACAAUUGUGUACUUCUAUAUUUAAAAGGGGUCUGAAUGAAAAAUCUACUGACAUAACUUUUAUUGGCGAUGGUUUAUUCCAAACUAGCUCAUUUGAAGCAGAGCUUUCAGGCAAAACUUGUGCGGUGAUUUCAGCAGGGAAGAACCUGAUUACUGAAAGCGACACUCCUGAAAUACAUCAAUGGAUAAAUCUGCAAAAUGUUAUAUCUAAAAACGAUAGGCUUGAAUUCGAAAGUAUACCACCUCUGGAACUGGAAACUGACAAAACUACACUUAAAGACGAUCAGCUAAUAGCACUGCCUGAACUGAAAGCUGAUAAACGAACGCACAAAAUGAUAUAUAAAGAAUUUGAUAUACAUUUAAAGGAAAUGGAGUUUGAAAGCAGUUCACAGGAAUACGAUCAGCCAAAACAGAUAUAUUCAACAGCUCUUCACCGAGUCCACAUGGAGCAAUCCUGUGGGAGGCCUACCACUCCCAAGUGGCAACAUCAGCGACAUAUUAUCGCAGCGUCCCGUUUCAUAAUACGUCUAUUUAAAUGCAAUCCCGCCUAUCAAUGCUCUCCGAUGGACCCCAAUGCGCCCAAUUUCUAUGAGCAACUAUUACAGUUCUAUGAGAUAAUGGGUAAUAGUUGUUCGAUCUCAACAAUAAAUGUAACUGACAUUAAACAACGCAUAGAAACGAUUAUAAGUCGAAUUAAAUGGAAAUCAUCGUACAAAGCGGAUCUAUGCCUGCCAGAGAUAGCCAAGCUUCAGCUACUGCAGCUGUUUACAACCGCCGAGUUACGGGAAUACGAAACACUUCGUUGCCAUCUCCAAGAGCGUAGAAGCCGUAUUAACUUAUCAAAGGAGAGUCGACAGCGGGAUGCUCUGCAUGCCAUGUUGGGCUAUGAAUGUCUUCAGCUGCGUUACUCAGCAUUGCGCAACACUUUAAUGCUACGUUGGCCCCACUAUCAGUCCACUAUUAGUGAAUCCUAUCUACUGUUGUGCCUCGGACAAGUUGGGUAUUACUACAAGCGAUUGCAGCUGCAUGAGCAGCGUUUGCGGCAGUUUGGCGAGAUCGGCAGGGAGUUAUCAAUUUGUCUGCUCUCCGAGCUGCAUUUGUAUUUUGAAUUUUGUAUGCGUCAAAGGGAAGAGCAGAACCAAAGCUUAUUGCAUUUAUUUUGGCAAACACGUGGCAUUCUACAUCGAUUUUGUUGGCUUCUACAGCUGUGUAUUGGCUUAAGUUGCCGGCAACCGCUGCUGAACUGCCUGCAACUGCAACUGAACGUGGGCAAUGAGCAAUACAAUAAGCUGUUGGAGAGCUGGCUACUAGCUGCCACUCAGCCGCUGCUGGCAAGGAUUAGCAACUGGCUGGUGAGUGGCGAGCUGUCAGACGAAGAGUUCUUUAUUGUGACGCACAAGGAUUCGAAUCCAACGCACUAUUGGCAAUCACAUUUCAAGCUAGUGGAAGAGCAGCUGCCACCGUUUUUAAAUAGCCAACUCGCGCAACAGUUGCUCAACGCUGGCAAGUGUCAAGAUUACGCUAAACAGUUUCUGGGAUUACGACUUAAUGCCACACUUAAGGCCGCAGAGUUGCAGCAGCAACUGAGUCAGGCCUGUGUCCAAUGCUAUCAGCAGCUGGAACAGCAAGCGGUUGAACAGCUCAUUGGCCAGCUGGAGCGUGAGACAGCCCAGGAACUGUUCAUCCAUCUAAACCAAUGGGUGCCGACACCACUGGAGCUGCUCAGUAAACUGCAUCAAUAUUUGCUGCUCACAGAUGUUCAGUUUGUUGGCCAGUUAAUUGAAUUGUUGGAGCCGGCCCUGCAACAGCCCUAUGAUUACUAUGAUACACAUCAGCUGAACAACAUGUUGGAGCAAGUGUUUAACGGCUGCAUUGAGCCACUCUAUGUGGCUGAAAGCUUCUAUCCCGGCCAUCAUUGUUGGCAACGCUUUCUACUGCGCUGGCAGCAGCCGCCACAUUGGUUGCCCCUAAUAGGCCACAGUUUGGCGCAAUAUGAAUCAUGUUUUGUGUGCAUCUGGCAGCUGCACUAUGCGGACUAUGUGCUCAAUGAGCGCAUCGGGCGACAACAGUUGCAUUUCCAUGAACGUAUCAAUUUCGACGACUCGAGUGAUGUUCGCAGUGUAAGAGAUCGCUUGGCGACAUUUAUUCAGCAAUUACAGGACUUUAUGCAUAAGUUGCGCAGCUAUGUAUUGCACGAUGUCCUGGACAGCGCUUUUCAGAGCCUGUCCUUGGGCUGCAUGACAGCGAAAACUUUAGAUGAUCUUCUACAAAUACAUGGCGCAUAUCUCAACAGCAUUUACUGUGGCAUUCUUCAGGGCAAACAGUGUUUAAAGUCACAACAAUAUCUGGGCGAGCUCUAUGAGAUCAUUAUGCAGCUGGAUGCAGUGCAGCAGAAAUUUAUUGCAUUGCCAUUCAAUCAAAGCAUACAAAGUCUGGAGAGUCUCCAAAACCUUCGUUGGUAUUGCCAGCACACCUGCGAUUCCAUUGACGAUCUGGCUAAACAGUUUCAACUCGGCUUGUCCAACUUUUUGCUAACCUUGUAUUACACCCGGGAGCCGCAGUUCGUGGCACUGGCCAGAAGAUUGGAUCACCAUGGCUGUUACGAGCAGAAGUAUACGCAAUUGCAGCAGGUGCAUACGUUUCGAUUUCAGCGCAAAAUAAUAGCCGAUCAUUAACUGAAUUCAACCCAAGUUGCAAAGGCUUUCACAAAUUGUAAACUUGGCAACUAUUCGAUUUUUAAGCAACU